AUGGUCGAACCACUUUUCCAACAGAAGCUAAAUUAUAAUUUUAAAUUCAAUUUCAAUUCAAUUUUAUUUUAUUUAGAAUUGGUCGAUCAACUUCUCCAACGAAAGAAUUCGUCGACCAACUUCUCCAACAACCGAUUUAGUCGUUCGAUUUCUCCAACAAUAAGAAUACAAGUGGCCGUAUUAAGUGAAACAUGUAUGUGUAAUGCUGGUGUGAAAGUAGUUAACGACUAUACGAUGAUCUAUUCAGGCGCACCACAUGAAAUGAAAACACGAAAGGCUCCUGGUGUCGCAAUAUGUCUUGAUCAAAUUGCUGCAAAGGUUUGGAAAGAUUCUGGAAGUGAAUGGGAGCCAAUCAGUGAACGCAUUGUAAAAAUUAGAUUACAAUGCACUCCUAUUCAUAUUACAGUAAUCGCUGCCUACUCUCCAAUCAAUGUUGAUUGUGUCAUC